AUGGAACGUGGAGAGAAUUCGGGAGAUUUUCAUCCGGUUGAUGCAAAUGCCAUCCUCCGAAUACCUCUGAGAAUGCAGGAUGGAGAGGACUGGUGGGCUUGGGAGCUGGAGAAGCACGGUGAAUUUUCUGUGAAGACGGUAUAUCGAAAGUUGGCGUCAAUGCACCAGCAAGCCAUAGAAACACCGGAAACCUCGGGGGAUGAGUUCUGGAAGAAGACAUGGAAACUGAAUGUCCCACCGAAAGUGAAAGUUUUUUGGUGGCGAGUACUUCAUGAGUUUCUGCCGGCAAAAUCAGAACUGAACCGGUGGCACAUUGAGCCUACUGUGUUUUGUGAGACAUGUGGCGCUGAUAGCGAAUCUAUUCGACAUGUCCUGCUUGAGUGCACAAUAGCUAGAAUGUUCUGGCGGGAGCUUAAGUCCAUUACUGGGGCGAAAAUACCAGACCUGAAUUCUUACUCUUGGGCAACCGAUAUCUUGUUGGAUGGCUUCUCCUCAGACAAUGAAAGACGUAUUUUCAUCAUUGGAAUGUACUCGCUUUGGAUGCAGCGAAACAAGAGGCGGCAUGGGGAGGACCAGAUACCUGUUAGGACAGCGGUUAGCUGGACGGUGGAUCUGGCGAAUGACUUGUGGGAGAUUCACAAACCAAAGAAGAAACAGGUCCUCAGUGCUAGCAAUCCAACUUGGCGACCACCAUCAGAUGGCUGGGUUAAAUGCAAUAAUGAUGCAGCCUAUCAGGUGGGAAUUGGGCAGGGAGCGACGGGCGUCAUUGUCAGGGACUCGGCUGGUCAGUUCAUGGGUGGUCGAGCACCCUGGUACCCCCGAUGGAGGUGCUGGCAUGCCGAGAUGGUAUGCUUUUUGCGAAGACGAAGGCGGUGGACAAGCUCCAAGUGGAGACGGAUAACCAGGAGCUGGUUAAAUUAUGGGCAGGAGGUGACUACCAUCGCUCAAGUCUGGCGCCAAUUCUCAGGGAGAUAA